UGAGAGACUAAAACCUACCAACUUUAUAAAGUAAGGGAUUAAAACCUAUCAACUUUGCAAGGUAAAAGGUUAAAAGUGUCAUAUUAUAAGGUUAAGGGCUAAAGCCUAUCAAUUUUAUAAGGUGAGGGACUAAAUGUUGAUUUUAGCCAAUAGUGAUCCAUGUGAAACUUUUUAUUUUGUGAUGCUUUGAUAUUUGUGGCCAAGAUCGAAAAGAGAAAAACAGAUUUUCAAGAAUCACAGGGCUCUGUAUUUCUAGGGCUAAUUUGAAAGAGACUGGCCUUGUGCUUUUAGGGUUUGAAUAGGAAGAGAGAGGAUGAAAACUUGUUUUGUAGCGAGUGUUGAGCGGCUGAGCAAGAACGAUGCGGACAAUAUCUUUUGGAAGAGAAGUGCUAAGGUAAGGGCAGGCGCCCUUCAGCACUUGCUCCACCACUCUCCCCUAUUCCUUUUCAUUUUCACUAGAAAGGACGCCCCGCGUUGAGGGGAAAAAUAAAAUGACUAUUUGAACAAGAAUUUCUGAUUUUCCCACACAUUUGGAGAGGUGACUGCCCUGUAAACCAAAAUUCAUUCAUUUCAUCAACUCAAGGUAAAAGUAUUAAGAAUUGGUAGUGAAAAACAUUGCUUUUCCUUCUCUUUGCCCUUAACGCUGAAUCCUAUGCAACUUCAUUUCCUUAUUCUAUACCAAAUUCGUCUUUUAUCCUAUGUUAUCCUUUUUCCGAUUAAACAACUAAAAAACCCAUAUGAACGCAGAAAAAUCAAGAAGAAUCUGGUAUUAGCAAUAGUGUUAUACACAAUGGAAGGAACAUGAAAAUCUGGUGUUAGUAGACCCCAGGAAGCCAUAAAAUUAUGUAGGCCAAAACCCAAACAUGUUAAUUACCUU